UCCGAGCGAAGAUCACCAAUCGUUUUUGAACUCUCAACAAGCCUAACUCGCUCUGACCAAAGUGAACUUCUCGACAUGUCGCGCGCUACCAUUCUUCUCUUGCUCGCCGUGGUCGUCGCCUGUGUCUCGGCGUUCCCUGAGAGCACCAAGGAUGCUGAGAAGUGCGGGCCAAACGAAGUAUUCAACAGCUGUGGCUCGCCCUGUAAGGACACGUGCGAAAGGAAGGCUCCACCAAUUUGCACAAUGAGGUGCGAAAUUGGCUGCGAAUGCAAAGAAGGCUACAUCAGGAACAAGGAGAACAAGUGUGUCCUGACACGUGACUGUUAAAACGUUCUCGACGAGACAAUCGAUCGCGACGAUCCUUGCCGAAUUUAGCGAACAAGUUCUACGCGAUAGAAUUAACCCUUCGAGCUGCUGUCACUCGUUCAACGCAUAGCGAUAAUUCUAUUAAUUAAAUCUUUAUCGUGGUGUGUAUUGAUUUGCUUCCAUUUUAGCAAUGUUUAUUGUUAAGCACGUUUACAGAGAGCAUGUUGAAUAAAACGAUCACUUGAAACACAUA